AUGGCGGAGGAACUAGCGGAUGCGAUAAGAAAGUUUGAUCUUUCAGAUAAAGAGCUCGAAGGAACUGACCUGGGUGUUGUUGAGAUAGAUAUAGGUAUCCAAGAAUGUCAGUUGAGUUUAGUGGGGAGAAUCAAGGGUGAGAAAGUGGCCAACUUUGUUGGGGUCAAGAAUUUUGUGACCACAGCUUGGGGCUAUCCGAGGAAUCUAAGGAUCAUAGAAUUGGGGCCAAAUUUGUUUCAGUUCUAUGUUCCUAAUAGGGAGGACAGAGACAGAAUAGUAGGAGGAGGACCAUGGGUCAUGGACAACCAAAUUUUGGUGAUGAAACAUUGGGUGGAAGGAAUAGAAGAUGAUAUUUCUGCUUUUGACCUGGCACCUUUCUGGGUUCAAGUAUGGAAUUUACCUGUGCACUGGAUAUCUAAGGAAGUGGGGAGGAAAAUAGGUGCGAUCUUUCAGGAGGUAAAGGACGUACUGGUGCCUCAAGUAGGAGGAAAAGAAGGAAGACAUUUAAAGCUUCUAGUGGUACUGGAUACCUCUCUACCUCUGCUUAGGGGGACGACAGUGAAAGUCAAUGGAGCCUUGAAAUGGUUGAAUUUCAGAUAUGAAAGGUGUCCAGACUUCUGUUACAAGUGUGGAAUGGUUGGCCAUGGAGAGAAGUCCUGCAAGGCAAUAAUACAGAUAAGCAGAGGAAAGCAGGAACAUCAGUAUGGACCAUGGAUGAGAGCCAAUAUAGGGAGAGGCUCUCCGCAGAAGGAACAUCAGAACAAGUACAAUUCUGAGAAGAGCUAUUGGGGCUUUAAAGAUGGGGAUAUGGUUCUGUUAAACCCAAAGGCUAAGGAGAACAUGGAACACAGACAUAAGGACUCGAUGACUGGGAGACAGGAAACUCUUAGACAGGUUAAUGCAGAAAGUCAGACAGCAAAGGAGGGGUCUAGAGAGAGAGGAGGUCAUGAGGCUCAGAAACGAAGUUGUGGGGUGAGUAGCAAUGAAUUGAACAGGCAAAGAUCAACUCCAGCUUGCAGUAAAAGUCAGAAGGAAAAAAGCACCACAGAAGCUUCUGGGACUCCCAAUGGGGAGAAGGAUAACUGUGAGUUACAAGGAGGAAGGAUAAGUAUCUCUGAGGAGCAAGAUAUAAACUCGAUAAUUAAAGGUGAUUUGGACAGUAAAGGACUUGAGCAAAUAGCUAGUGAGCUGAUGCAAGUAUCAGUGGUGGAGGAAGGCCCUGGUAGCCCUGUAAUAGAUGUAAUGCAUAUUGAUCCAGGUAGCUCUGAUUUGGGUACAAAGGCUGUUCAGAAAUACAACAGCAAAAUGAAAAAACAGCUGAGGUCUCCCAAAAUUUCUAGGCAGCCUUUGAGAGAACUUAGUGGGAACAAGAUGAGGACUCGCCAGCAAGGGAAAAGAAAAAUUAACCUGGUGGAUGAGGAUAUGGUGGAAGUACAUGUAAAUGAGUUGGUCCCCAAGAGAAACAAAAUGGCAGUUGGGGGAAGGCAUCUGAGCGAGGAACUAGAGGGGGAAGGGGCCAACCUUAACUGGCCCCUCAAGUUACAAUGA